AUGGCCAGCCAUGAAGCGAUGGAGGAAAUCCUCUGGCGGUCUCCCCCGCACGUCCAGAUGAUGGGGGGUUUCCUACAUUCCAACAACAUUUUGUUUUACUUCGCCGAAUCCCCUUUCUUUGACCCUACCUCGAACAAUGCCUCGCUAGCCAUUCAAGCCAACUACAAUGAAGCCUUCCGCCAUUUCGUUGAGACGCGCGAAGCUUUCGAAGCUCGCUUGAAGACUAUGCAAGGCCUGGAAUUUAUUGUCGCAUAUGAUCCUCUACAAGCCGCUGCGCAGUCUGACACUCGCUUUGCGCAUGAGCCGUCCAACGUCUGGGUGAUCCGGAAGCAGAACCGGCGGAAGCGCAAUGGCAUGGACGACGAGGUGUCAGUGAUCUCCACUUACUUCGUUGUUGGUGAUUGCAUCUACAUGGCUCCAUCAGUUGCCAGUGUCGUGGGAAACCGAAUUCUAUCAGCCGUUACAUCCCUAUCACGACUGAUGAAGACUGCGUCAACGCUGCCCUCCUUUACACCGUCUUACGGACACACAUACAUGCCACCGAUGGCCCGCGCCAUAGAGCCCGGCCCUCAAGCCUCGCAACAAAGCAAAGAAAACACCCCCAUGCCCGACGUCCCACCCUCCUCCACCGCCGACACCCAAGCAUCCGCCAAAGCAGGCCUCGGCAUAGUCACUACGAGCACGAACACCAGCUUUCAGGACACUCGAAGCCUGGGCGAGGCGUUCAAUUUAUUUACACAGUAUGGAGACGAAUUCAUGGACGAGAAUCCACUGGUCGGUGAGCCCGGCUCAUUCAUCAUGUCACGCGCUGGUGAAAACGACCGUGCAAUCGGUGCAUCUCAGGCCGCGCUCAGGACUGGACCAGGUGUCACGGCCAAUACACCUGGCCCGGCUGGACGUUCCUCUACGCCGCAGGUUAGGGUGGACACGCCUGGGAAAGCGUCGGACAGGGGCAAUUCGCCGCCGAGCUCGGGAGAGAAUAAGGGGCAGCGCAAGAAGAACCGGAUUGCGAGCUAA